AUGGCGAACGGUGAGGAUGAUGAUAGAUCUGAGGUUUGGUUUGAGAUGGAGAGCAUGACUAUAGAGGUAAUGCAAGACAGAGGACUUAAUGCAGAGGAUGAUUGUUAUGGAGGAGUUAUAGUUAACGUGGAAGAGCCAAUGGAUUCCAUGGUCUUUUCUUCUCUGCUAAAAUCAUCAAUGUCAAAUUGGCAGGAACAGGGAAAGAAGGGAGUGUGGAUCAAGUUGUUACUGCAUCAAGACAAUCUGAGAUUUUAUUCUGAUCUUUUUUUGCAGGCUGGAUUUAGGUACCACCAUGCUGAACCGGAUUACUUGAUGCUUGUGCAUUGGAUUCCCAACACUGCUGAUACUCUUCCUGCAAAUGCUUCACAUCGUGUGGGGAUCGGUGCAUUUGUCAUGAAUGACAAUAGAGAGGUGCUUGUGGUUCAGGAGAGCAAUGGUUGGUUCAAAGGUAAAGGUAUAUGGAAGUUACCUACUGGGACUGUUGAGGAGAUAGGUAUUUUAAAGUCCAAUGGUGAGGAUAUUUCUACUGCUGCUAUUAGAGAAGUUAAAGAAGAAACAGCAAUAGAGACAGAAUUUGUUGAAGUUUUAGCUUUCAGGCAAAGCCAUGAGGCUUUCUUCCAGAAAUCAGAUUUGUUCUUUGUUUGCAUGCUACGACCACGUUCCUUCAAUAUUCAGACUCAAGCCUCUGAAAUUGCUGCAGCUCGGUGGAUGCCAGUCGAGGAUUAUGCAGCCCUACCCUUUGAGAAACAAAACUUAGGCUUCGACUCGAUUACGAAAAUAUGCUUAGAGAAGUUGGAUAGGAACUAUACUGGCUUCUCUCCUCUACCCACAAUUUCAUCUUCUGGCGAAAAAACCUUCCUGUAUUUCAACAAACACCACGCUAACCACUUGUUUGCUUCCAAAAAAUCACCAAGCUUGACGUGUAAUUGCUGGUGCUAUGACUAUGAGACCUUCGUGGAUUAUUAA